GCAGCAGCAGCAGCAGCAGCAGCACAGUCGUCCCCGCUACUCCAUAUUGAGACGGAACAACUUCUCCAACAACACUCCUCGCAAACCAGCAAUACUUGUGGCUAUGACGCCGAACUCGGCACGGAGCUUGGACACGACCGCGUGAACCCGACCCACACACGGUGAGACAGGCGGCUUCGACAAAGGCUUUCAGAUGUGUUGUGUGCUCCUAUUCAGGUGAAAGAGGGCGUGUGCUGAAUGUUACGAUGAAGGAGGAGAGUUUAUUCCAACGGAGGUAUUCUCUGUGUCCAAAUGCCACUUCCCCACCCAAAAUUGACCCUCGUACCCUCACCAGGAACUUAUCUGUUGGAGACCACAACCUCUACAACCUCAGUCCAGGCAGUGAGACAGACAGACAGGAUCUCUCCAUGAUGACCAAUGAACUUAGUCCUGUCCAGUCACCAAGCAGCAAGUCUGAAUCAAGGAUGUUUAAUGGUUUUGAGAAGGAUUGUCCCUCCCCGACAGAAAAACUUGCUCGAAAGGAGUCUCUUAAGGUCCAAAAGCAAAAUUACCGGCAAGAAAAGAAACGCGCAGCCAAAGAAUUGUUUAGCGCCCUGAAGGACCCUAGCGUUGUCAUUAUGUCCAACUGGCUAAAGAUCCGUGGCUCUUUAAAAAGUUGGACCAAACUUUGGUGUGUCUUGAAGCCUGGAGUUCUCUUGAUAUAUAAGACCCCAAAAGUAGACCACUGGGUUGGUACCGUCCUGCUGAGUGCCUGCAAGCUCAUCGAGAGGCCCUCUAAGAAGGACGGCUUCUGCUUUAAGCUUUACCAUCCCCUGGACAAGUCCAUUUGGGCUGUUAAGGGCCCUAAAGGAGAGAAUGUUGGAUCCAUCACACAGCCUUUACCAAGCAACUACCUGAUUAUCAGAGCUACUUCUGAGUCUGAUGGUCGAUGUUGGAUGGAUGCCCUGGAGAUUUCUCUCAGUUGCUCCAGUCUCUACAAGCUAACAGCCAAAUCAGGAAAGGAUGGAGAUUUCAGCACAACUUCAGAGUCUUCCCACUUUUUACAUCUUUUGCAAUCUACCACGCUCACAGAGUCCGAGCUUUUGCAGUUGAAUGAGUCAGUGCUGCUGGACAACCAUAUGGACCAUGACAGAUUUUCAGAUAAAUCGGAGCGCGACGGUCAUGAUGACUGGGACGCCUCCGCAAACGAUAAUGGAGGAAGGUUAACAGAGGAGAGUGAUUUGGACCAAUCAGAGGAGGCAAUGCCUCCCAUGCCACAAGGGACAGUUUAUGUGGAACAGGGUACGGAAGAGAUGGCUGAGGCUGGGGAAGCAUCACAAGUUGAGACUGUUUCAGAAGAGAACAAGGGUCUGAUCUGGGGUAUUUUAAAGCAACUACGACCAGGCAUGGACCUCUCAAAAGUGGUGCUGCCCACCUUUAUUCUGGAACCUCGCUCCUUUCUGGAUAAGCUCUCUGACUACUACUAUCACGCUGAUCUGCUUUCACAAGCUACACUGGAGGACAGUGCAUAUGGUCGAAUGAAGCAGGUGCUCAGAUGGUAUUUGUCUGGUUUUUACAAAAAGCCCAAGGGUCUAAAGAAGCCUUACAACCCAAUAUUGGGAGAAACUUUCCGCUGCUGCUGGCCUCAUCCCGAAAAUGGCAGCUGUACUUUCUACAUAGCUGAACAGGUGUCCCACCAUCCACCUAUCUCUGCCUUUUAUGUCUGCAAUAGGAAGGAUGGUUUUUCAAUCAGUGGAAGCAUCCUGGCAAAGUCCAAAUUCUACGGCAACUCUCUCUCUGCCAUUCUGGAUGGCAGAGCUAGACUGCUUUUUCUGAGCAGAGAGGAGGAAUAUGUCAUCACCAUGCCCUAUGCUCACUGCAAAGGAAUCGUUUAUGGCACUAUGACGCUAGAGCUGGGUGGGAAGGUUACCAUAGAGUGUGAGAAAACAAAGUGUAACACAGAGCUGGAGUUCAAACUUAAGCCUUUCCUGGGAGGCUCAUGCUCUGUGAAUCAGAUCAGUGGCAAGAUCUUUGUGGCGGAUGAGCUUGCUGCCACACUUGAUGGACAUUGGGACAAUGAGGUGUUCAUUCAUGAGAAGCGGUCCGGACAGCAGGCAACAUUGUGGAACCCCAGCCCCGAUGUCCGCAUCCGUCGCCUCAAGAGAAAAGUGGUCCACUCUGACCAGCAGGGAGAGUUUGAGUCUGAAAGACUGUGGCAGCAUGUGACCAGUGCCAUCGUGGACCGGGAUCAGGUGCGGGCCACACAGGAGAAGUUUGUGUUGGAGGAAGCUCAGCGCACAGAGGCCAAGGAAAGGGGAGACAAACCAUGGACCCCUCAGCUUUUCCACCAGGACCCAGAGACCACUGAGUGGACAUACAAGUACAUAGACACUCAGAUGUGGGACCCUGAGCAUUGUCUGGUUCAAUUUGAGAGGAACGGUGUGAUCCAAACGCAGGAAAAAACACAAAGACGGCAUCACAAUGGACUUUCUUAUAGGAAGAGUUGGGCAAGUCGACACAAGACUGAGGGCAAUAGAUUGUAUAGGAAGGCCAGCAGCCAGCCAUCGAGCUGCAGCCAGAACACGGAAAGCAGCAGCAGCACCACUCCAGAACCAACACACGAGUCUUCUGAUAACGAGGGGUUCUCCACACAUUGCGCACGAUGCAGCAAGGACAUGACUCUCCUCCAGACCUCCAUCUCCUCCAUACAAAAGACGCAGCAAGACAUUCAGAGGAACCUGUCGGCUCUGAGUCGUCAGCUCACUCAGCAGUGGGCAGCAGACGACGGCGUGUCGUGGAUCGGCCGUCAUUGCGUGAUUGUCUUCAUUGUGCUCUUCUCACAGUUCGUCCUUAAUUACGUGUUCACCUGAGAACCUCCCGAGGUCUCUGUCCAGCACUGAUCUGGCAUCAGGUCCCCCCCACAAGCACAAACUAAUCAGCAGGGGGGCUCAGAACUCAGAUGCGUUGUUGAGUGAAAACCAAUUUAUUAUUUUUUUUCAUAUAUGAGGCUUAGCAUGAACUAUCUUAGCAAUAAACACAGCCAACGCCUGUCAGAUAAGUGGCACCCCCUAGUGUAGCCUGACUGAAAGAGCACCGGCACCAAUGCACUUUGGACGGGAGGAAGAGGAAGACAAAAAGAGGAUUAAUUGUACAAUGAAGAAUGAAUUUGUAAAAUAAUCAACAGAGGAUAUUUUACCAUCGUUUAGUGUCUUUUAUCCACUUGCCCUGCAAUACUGUUUCUCUGUGUGUGUGUUGUCCGUACCCACAGUAGGCCCCUAUCACCCCUACAAUGUCUCCCACACCUCCACUCCACAUGUUGGGCCUUAAUGCUGAUGCCAAAAAAAAAAAAUAAGUGAAAAAAAAAAAAUCAUGUCAAACACAAGAAGGAACAUCUUCCAACAGUGCAAUUAUGUGUUUUGUAUUUGCUGUAUUCUCAUGUCCACUUCAGUUUGGUCUUUUCAAUGAGAAUCAUUUGACCAAAACAGUAUUUAUAAUACGAAAGAACAAUGUGUUUUUGUUUACAAAGAGCACUGUGUGUUUCUAGUGACACAUACUGUAGGAAGGAAGACUUAAGGGGGGGUGAGGGGUCAAGAAAGAGCCAUACGGAGUGUCUUGUUAUUUCUGUGCCUGCUGUGGCCAAAUGGACGGGGCAGAAGUGUAGCAUGUUGAAACAUUACUUUUGUCCAGGAAGUCAUUUCUGCCAGAAGUGGCCUUCAUUCUGUUUAAAAUGGCUACAAUCCAGAUGGAUCAGUGUCACAGUUACCAAUCACCCCCCACCUCCGAAUAUGUCAAGUGUAAGUAAAAACACUGAUUUGAUUUGUUCACUAGCAAGAUGUCCACUCACAAAUGUAAAUACCUUAAACCGGCCAAUCGAAGUAAAAGGAGAGUUUUCUAGGGAAAUUUAAGUCAUGAAUAUGGAUGUUUUUUGUACCGGUAUUUUCAUUUGCCGUUUUCCUGGCUAUUAUGGAGAAUGAGGUUUGGUAAACGUCCGUUUGUUGUCCACGCCAUGUUCAAGUGACUUUAAAGAUGUAAACAUGUGUAAACUAUUUUAUUUGUGCUUCUUUAAGACGUAUGUACAUAUUAGUCUUCAGUUCCAUGUUCUUUUUAAGAUUUCAGAAUGUAUUUAUUGUGUGAUUUACCCUCUUGAUGACUAACUUAAUCUCGGGAGCCUAGAGAGAGCAUGAGGGACGACAAUCGUACUCCCUUGUAACGUUUGUGCGCCAGAAAGCCAUUUGAGUUGUGCUAAAAACAAAGCCAUGUCUAUGACUUUGAUUUUGUUUAUCCCGAUUUUUUAUAACAUUUCAGUCCGUGCCAGUACUGAUCUACCCGACGGGAGCAAAUUUUAGAGAUGAACGUCGACUCUGAAUGAAUUUAUGUACUUUUCAUUAAGUUGUUGUUUUUUCUACUCAAAUGCCAUAGUGUGGGAUUGUAUAUGCCACAUGCUUUUGUUAUAUUGAACAAAAACUAAUAACACAAUGACGCCCACUGUUCAUUCACACAUGUUAAACACUGUAGCACUACAGUAAAACAUUUUAACCCGGA